AGAAGAUGCUACUUCUUCAUACUUCAGCGAUUCGUCAAGGCUCAUAACUGCAACGGACUUUGAGGGCUCUAUUCAUAGCAGCGCUACAUAGACAUGAGGUUUCUAUUCACUAGCGGGCUGAGGUCUGGACUGGCUCGGCAGAUUGAUCUGCCGCUGAUGUCGCGACUAAGUCCACGAAUCAUUGGCACUCAUCAGACAAUAUCAAGAAGCGGCACGUUCAUAACUCCCACACCUGCGACGCACAUUUAUGGCGCAUCAUAUUCAUCCGCAAGAUCAACCACAGAUCUUCCACGCUACUUUAUGCAUCCGGAGAGUCCGCCGGAGCCGUUUGAGGGCACUGAUUCGAAGAUGUCUGAUCUUCCCAGAUAUUUCUCAGAUCCGAGCAAUCCGCCUGAACCAUACUCACGAUCCAAGUCAGCAUCACCGAGCGCGUCUGGCGCACUAUCAGGUAGCAGCUCUUAUUCUUCUGAAUUGAUGUCUUCGUCAAGUUCGGCGCCAUCGAUGUCAACUCGUCAAAGCUCGCUGUCUUCUGCGCCGUCGAACUCUGGAUCAGAUAGCAAUAACAUUUACAAUCUGUUACUGCAAGAGAGGAAGAAAACACUUCUGAUAACCGUUUUAGUCUUUUUGGCAAUCUACAUCGGAACGAUUGCUUUUUUUUGGACGAAGAUGAACAGUUUACAAAUUCAGGCUGGUAGGAUCAUCAAGAAGGAGCGCGAGGGUCAGCAGUUGAAGAUCAAAGAGAAGCUUGCUGCGCUGGAAAAACAAAAGGCGAUACUAGUGGACGAAAGAAACCGGGCAUUGAGCUGGCGCAAUCGUGAUGCGAUGAUUUUGAGCAUACACAUCGCAAUGUUGAGGAAGCAACUCGUCGAACAGGCCGGAAUAGAACCAGCUUCGGCAGACGAGGCUCUGGAGCAAUUUCAAAAGUCAGCAAAGACAAGUCAUAAUUGGAAAUCGUCAGCCGGAUCGGUUACGGGAUAUGUGUUUGAGGAUAACGGUAAGGAGACACAGAGUGGUAUUUGGGGAGAUCUCAUGAAGCUAACGACCACUGUUUACCUGGGAAUCUAGAACUAUCCCCAUAUAGGCCUAAUCUGAAUGAAUACGAAGGCAAGCCGAAGAGGCCGUAAGAAUAAUACCUCUUUGCGACGAUUUCAU